UUUUUAUUUUUGCUUCACUGUGCAACGCGCGAUGAAAAACAAGGAAGACGCGACGCUCGAGGUUAUUCUUGAUCCAAACUUUACGGGCACUCUGCGCGGUUUGGCCAACGAUGUCUCCGAAGGCUGCGUGCUAAAAGGGGUAUGUUUGGUACAAGUCUACCGUCCUAUUAAAGUGCGUCGGCUGUUUGUCCGAUUUGAAGGUCGCUGCAGAGUCAAUAUCAAAUGCAGUACGGUGGUGGGAAUGCCUUCCUCCGAUGGUCUUGAAUCCCGCACCUUGAUUUUGAAAGAAACUGUCUAUAUCGAUGGAGAACCGCAAGCCCAGGUUUUGGAACCCGGACUUUACCGAUAUCCUUUCUCCUUUGAUAUUCCUGGCAAAUUACCCGCUACCUUGUACAGCAAACGAGGUUAUAUCUGCUAUCGUCUGAAAGCUAACUUGUGCCGUCCCAUCUUCGUGAACGAUCUACGCGUUUCCCAAGACAUCACGUUGCGCCGGUGUCUGAUGAGCGAGCUGACCCCGAUGCUCAAUGUGACCGAAGAAGUGCAAGGCAAGGAGAACAGCGACAUUUUAGAUUACAAGGCCACCGCCCCGUCCAUGGUGUAUCGCGAAGGCGGCCUUAUCCGACUCAAUCUCGACACCCGACUGGUGGAUCCCAGCACCUAUUCAAUUCGAUCUAUUUCAUGCGCUUUGCGAGAGCGCGUCUCGUACAGCACGACUGGCAAACAAUCCUUGACGUCUCAGACCGUGGACAAGGUUGACGAUCUGUAUCCUUUGGGUUGGAGUACCUUUUAUCCCUCUGAAGCCGCCGACUAUGAUCCCACCGAAGCUCAUCAAUAUAACGCCGUGAUCCGUGUUUGCCCGCGCGUCAACGCAGAUACAACUUGCCGACUGUUACGGGCCGAGCACACUGUUGUCGUUAACAUUCUUGUGGAAAACCAUUCCGUACCCGCCGAAGAAGGUUCAUUUUCUGAUACUGUUUCUUCGUCCAGUUCCUCCAUUGCCGAUUCUCCUCCAGCAGCUCGUUCCGUUGUUUCUUCACUCAGUCGUUCCUCGUCAUCUUCGUCGCUGUCGUCUCUUUUCACUCUUGGCCGCAGUCAUUCAUCCGACGACGAUAUCAAGAAUGCCAUCACCUCGCUCAGCACCUUGGAAGUUUCUUCCAAGCGUAGUCGUCGUACAUUAAGUAACAUGACUUUGUGUACUCUGGAGUUACCGAUCAUUGUCACUUCGCGAGAAAACGUCUGGGAAGGUGAUAUGCCACCACUGCCAACCUACGAGCUGGCGGAUGAGCCUCCCAGUUACGGUCAAUCACUCCAUCAAUGCCCUCCCGCGCCCAUGUAUCCUGAUACUGCCAAUACCAUACCCUUAUCCGUAUAAUUGCUAAAAUGCCUCUCCAAACAUCUGUGAAUAAUCUCGCUUUCAUUUGUAUAUAUAAAAUUUUAUCAUCAACCCAUUUGAAUUUUUUUUCCCAUUUAUUCAACUUAUUUAUGAUUUUGGACCUUCGUAUUCCUAGCUUACCAGUCGGUCAUCUAAUUCAGGCGGCAGGUUUGAGGCAGAUCCCGCGAAAACCAUGAGAAGUUGCUGCUGUGUAUCAAUUUAAAUGAA